AUGAGUCUCACUGGGUAUAGAUCUGUAGAGGAACCGGAGUUAGUGUUAUUAGUGUUGAAGAGUUUAACUGAAAUAUUAUACACUUCAACGUUAAUAACAAAAAUAGAGAUUAUGAAUUGA